AGGACGCACACACACAUACACACACACACACACACACACACACACACACACACACACACACACACACACACACACACCUUCAGAUGCUGAAGACUCAGGUGAGCACACAGGUGGGACCCUCAAAACGUUAUCGACUCAUCGUGGCUCAGGUUUGUUGCUUGUGUUGUUCAGUCGUCAGUGCUGAAGAUCCUGAACGUCGUCCAGAAGGAAGAAAAACACAAAACCUUUAACUUCCUCCAGGACGAGACACACCUGAGUCAGAAGACGAUGAUGUCGAGUCCCAGCAGGUCUCACGUCUACGACGAUGUCUCGGUGUUCCCACACAACCACAUCAUGCCCUACUCUGAAGACCAUUCCAAGACCUUUCAGGGUUUUCCCAGCAUGCCGGAGUACAUGUCCCGCUUCGACACAAUGCUGUCUGAGGACACGGCCAGGAUCACGAGGAAGUCUGACACGUUCAUGGCCAUGGACAGGCAAGAUGAGUUGCUGGAGUAUAAGGAGGCAGGGCAGGACUGUGUGAUUGACAGCACGGCAGGACAAAACGGACAGACGGACGUGGAGGACAGGUGUCUGGAGCAGGUACAGAGUUUAGUACUGGACGAGGUGCAGAAGGACAUUGAGACGGCAUGCAAACUUCUCAACAUCACUCCAGAUCCUGUGGACUGGACCUCUGGACAAGUGCAGAAGUGGCUGCUGUGGACGGAGCACCUUUACCGCCUCCCGCAGGUGGGAAAAUCCUUCCAGCACCUGAGCGGCAGCGACCUGUGUGUGAUGAGCGAGGACGAUUUCAGGCAGCGCUGCUCGCCGUGUGCAGAUGUGCUGUUCGCUCACCUAGACAUCUGGAAGACCGCUUCUUGGAUGAAGGACAGAUGUUCUCCUCAAUCCAGUGGCUUCAUUGGAGCAGAUGAUCUGUGUGCUGAAGCUGACUCGUCUUGCAGCGGGCAGCCCAUCCACCUGUGGCAGUUCCUCCGAGAGCUUCUCCUCAAACCUUACAACUACGGACGCUCCAUCCGCUGGAUCAACAAAGAGAAAGGAAUUUUUAAAAUUGAAGACUCCGCCCACGUUGCUAAGCUGUGGGGCAUCAGGAAAAACCGUCCUGCAAUGAACUAUGAUAAACUGAGCCGAUCCAUUCGGCAGUACUACAAGAAGGGCAUCAUUAAGAAGCCGGACGUUUCUCAGAGACUGGUGUAUCAGUUCGUCCAUCCAGUGUGAGGACAGAAAGAUGUCCCCCUGGGACACAGAGCGCUGGAGCUCAGGCUCAAAUAAAGAUGAAGGCGAGACGUCAGAAACAUUUCUAAUAUUACGACUGAACCUCUGAUACCGUUGGACUUCCUGCAGAUCCUGCCUCGCUUUUUAUUUGUGUGUGUGUUUGUGGGUUACAGUAAAGUACUGUGUGAUGAAGUAAAGUGUUCCUGUU